CAGCAUUGGGGUGAGAGGCAGCCCAGUCCUGUCCUGAAGGGGAGGAGUCCUCAGAUAUGACCACCGGCAGAUUUCCAGGCAAAGAUUAAUUUCCCAAUCCUUUCUUCCCAGCCCCAGGCAGCGGAGCACUUGUACACAUUGCAUAGUGCCGUAUUGUGCCCCAAUAUCCAGCCCUGAACGUAUCCCUCUCCCAAAACCUCUCAUCAGCCCCCAGAUAAAUGGCGCAUGUCCGCUGCUGCUCUAUGUGAUGAAUGUUCCCUGGAGAUAGUACCCAGCACAACAUCAGCUCGCAUGUGUACCGUUCCUUUGCUCCCUAUGGGUUGUGUUUAUUCAAGAAAAUGUCAAAGCAUGAUGCAGGUAUUGGCAUGGAGGCAAGCUGUGGCUUUGUGAUCAUCGUGAUGGCAUCAUUCUGGUGCACAGAAGCUCUUCCUCUGGCCGUCACUGCACUUUUUCCAGUCUUGCUUUUUCCCAUGAUGGGCAUCAUGGAUUCCACAGCAGUGUGUAGCCAGUAUCUGAAAGACACAAACAUGCUGUUUAUUGGUGGCUUGCUGGUGGCGAUAUCGGUUGAAAAAUGGAAUUUGCAUAAACGCAUUGCCCUAAGAGUGCUGCUGAUUGUUGGAGUCAAACCUGCCCUUCUACUUCUUGGAUUCAUGGUGGUCACAGCCUUCCUUUCCAUGUGGAUCAGUAACACAGCCACGACAGCCAUGAUGAUACCUAUUGCACAGGCUGUCCUGCAGCAGCUUCACUCCUCGGAGGAGAAAGUGGAUGAUCGUUUAGAAGACAACAGUAAAACACAAAAGAAUGUGAAUGGAAUGGAAAAUGGAAUGUAUGAAUCAAUUAUGCCAGAUGGAAAAAUGAUUCUGGCAGUUGCCAACCCUUAUGCUACUGUAAACGUGGGGUUUGAGAUGCAAGAGAAAAGUACUAAAGAUCCUGAGCCUUCUAAACAAGAGAAAGAAAGUAUUGGCCCUAUAGUGAUAGAACCCGAGGAUGAAAAACAAAGUGAAGAGAAGCAGAAACUCAGAUUAGAGAAGCACCUGAAGAUCUGCAAGGGAAUGACCCUUUGUGUCUGUUAUUCUGCCAGCAUUGGUGGAAUUGCAACAUUGACUGGCACCACCCCAAACCUUGUAAUGAAAGGACAAAUGGACGAGCUUUUCCCGAACAACAAUAACAUCAUCAAUUUUGCCUCCUGGUUUGGAUUUGCAUUCCCCACAAUGUUUGUGCUACUUGCAUUGUCCUGGUUAUGGCUCCAGUUCAUGUUUUUGGGCUUCAACUUUAAAAAGAAUUUUGGGUGUGGCGGUAACGCAGAACAAAAGGAAAAGGAGAAGAGAGCUUUUAAAGUCAUUUCUGGAGAACACAAAAAAUUAGGAUCCAUGACAUUUGCUGAAAUAUCAGUGCUGGUGCUAUUUAUUCUUCUGGUGCUGCUGUGGUUUACAAGGGAGCCUGGGUUCAUGCCAGGAUGGGCAACCAUCAGCUUUAAUAAAGGUGGCAAAGAAAUGGUCACAGAUGCAACUGUUGCCAUAUUUGUGUCCCUCAUGAUGUUCUUCUUCCCAUCGGAGUUACCUUCUUUCAAGUACCAAGAUACAGAGAAGCCAGGGUCCAUGUCUGGAAAACCACCACACCCAGGAAUGAAGCCAAAGCUACUAGUACCACCGGCUCUGCUUGACUGGAAAACUGUUAACGAGAAAAUGCCUUGGAACAUUGUAAUUCUUCUGGGAGGUGGUUUUGCUCUGGCGAAGGGCAGUGAGGAAUCAGGUUUGUCAGUGUGGCUUGGAGAAAAGCUGACCCCUUUGCAGAGCAUACCCCCUGCAGCUAUUGCCCUAAUUCUGUGCCUUCUCGUGGCUACAUUCACUGAGUGCACUAGCAACGUGGCAACCACAACUCUAUUCCUACCCAUCCUAGCAUCCAUGGCUAAAGCAAUCCAGCUGAACCCACUGUACAUCAUGCUUCCCUGCACAUUAUCAGCCUCCUUGGCUUUUAUGCUUCCAGUCGCAACACCACCCAAUGCCAUUGCCUUCUCGUAUGGGCAGCUAAGAGUUAUCGAUAUGGCAAAGGCAGGACUGCUGCUCAACAUCCUGGGUGUGCUGACUAUUACACUGGCCAUUAACAGCUGGGGAUUUUACAUGUUCAACUUGGGCACAUUUCCAUCUUGGGCAAACUCCACAGGGCAGCCUUAGCAUUUCUAAUGGACUGUUAAUACCCAGUUGUGUUUAACUGGAUGACAAGGAGCUCAGAAGUAUGAUCAAGUGGUGGCUGUGUCAUCUAGUGUCCUUGAAUACGCACAACUCAUACCUGCCUAGUGACUAUGAGCGGUUGUACUGAGAAUCCUACCUGCCUAAAGCAUAGUCACGUUAGCAUCUCACUCUGCUCUGCAAAGAUUUAAAUAGGGGCAUUAUCAGCUAAGGGUGCUUUUGUACAUAAGGGAAAUACCCAGCAUGCAAGAGUACAAAAAAUGCUCUCGUAGAGCGUCCUGUUUCUAUCAGGGCAACAUUCUCACUUGUAUUUAUUUAAAAUGAUAAAUAUAAACAUUUUUACGGCUUUAUCAGUAUCGAGUGAAAUAUCGAGGUGGAUGGGAAAAAAAUGUGUCCCUAGGAUUAAGUGCUAAAUAAACUAUUUGUUACUAAUACAAAUAUAUCAAUAAGUAUUGUAACAAUAAAACAUAACAAAUUUG